GGAGGAGGAGGAGGAGGAGGAGGAGGAAGAAGAAGAAGACGAGAAGAAGGAGGAGGAGGAAAGGAAGGAGUAGGAGGAGGAGGAGGAGACAAAGGCCACCGGCGAGGAGCGAGCAGCCACUCCGGCCGCAGCCAGCAGAGAGACAGCACGCGCCGCUCCCCCUCCUCUUGAAUCACGGUCUCGCUCGCACCGACGUCGACUCAGGUCGCUUUCCGAGGGAAGAGGAUGAGCAUACGAGGGAGACAGCACGCGGCCGUCGGAGGCUGCGCUCUCUACCCUGAGCUCGUGGAUGGGAGAGUGGAAGGCCCUUCCCUCGACGCCAGUCCGGUCCCCCCCCUGUCUGCUGGAGGCCCCAGAGCGCACCCCCGCCGCUCGAACUCCCUUCACCCAGAGAGCCUGAGCGUCCGGAGAGCGAGGAACAGCCUGAAGAACCGGAAGUUGGGCUUCACGGCCGUGGUGCUUCCCGACGUGCAGGGCCAAGCGGGACACAGCGACGACCUGGCGGCUGCUUUCGGCCACGACCCGCCGUCGGGGAGCGGUCCGAGCACGCCGCAGCGGAGGGCAUCCGUCCACAAGCUGCUGUCAGGAACCUUCUCCGACCCGAUGUCAGCGCACGAGAGACGCGUUGUCAGCGCCGUCACCAUCCAGAUGUCUCCCUCUCAUGACGACUGCUCCUCCUCCUGCGCCGCCGCCCACAACCCGCCUCUCACGCCCCGGCGCUCGCACUCUUUCCGCCUCCUGUCCCACGCCCACGGCCCCCGGUGGAGCCUGUCCGUCGCCUCGAAGCAGGAUCAAGGAGGAUUUAAUAAGGAAGGAGUUAAGGAGGGAGGGAUUAAGGAAGGAGGAUUCAAGGGCUUGCGCGAUCCUACCGUCAGAUUCAAGGAGUCGCUAAGCUCAUCGGAGAGCCUUGCGCCGGAGGGGGACGUCGGGACAGAAGGGGAGAAGAGAGAGAAGAAGAGCGACAACGGGGAAGAUGAACCACAGGAGAAGGGAGAAGAGAAGACGAAGGCAGAGACGGAGAGGGAAGAGGGAAACGAAGAGAGGACGAUCGGGGUCGCAAGAACAAGGACGGAAAAGGGGUCAGAAUCCCGGUUAUUCAGCAAAGUUGGGGUCCCUGAAGAUAACGGGAAUGACGUCAUGGAAGCCCAGGAGGAAGCCAACAUGAAUGAAUUGUCCGAAGCCGUUAGUACGCUGAAAGUUUGGGAUUUAUAACGCCUAUAAAAAGGAUGUAUAGAUAUAUAUAUAUAUAAGAUAAAAUGAAUAUAUAAUUUUCCGUAUAAAUGUUUUGUAAAUAUAGUGUGGGUGAUUUAGAGAUCUGAAUGUGGUGAAACAGAAAUGAUAAAUGAAACUGAACGAUGAAAAUGAAACUGUGUAGUUCAGCCCGCAAGCCUGAUCUCCGUUGGCGUCAGGAAGGGCAUCCGGUCAGUUACGAGCGACAAUGUCUCGGCCAAAGUUCCUUAAGCUCGUCGCCUCAGUCCCGAAUAGGGAGAUCCAGGCGUAAAGCAGGAUUUAUUUAUCCGUUUUAUUUGAUAUCAAACAAAUUGUAAAAGGAAAAAAUAAAUAAAAAUAAGUGAUAAGGAUUGAAAGCGAGUCCGUUGCGAGUGAGACGAAAGAGCAACGUGUAAUGUGAUAAAGAGUGUUAAAUCUAACGAUAAUUAACAUGAAUUUAACUGUACAUAUCUAAUACGACCACAAAGUAAAAACGACGAAAGAAAAAACAGGAAAACACAGCCGCAUGAUAUACACAUGCACAUAGGCCUAUAUUUUGGUAUGCAGAAGUGACUGAAAACCAAUAUGAGUAGUUGAUGUUCUCUUAACUUAUGAUAAAGGCUAUGAUCCCCCAGAGAAGGAAUCUAAACCCUUAUUACGCUGUUUUGAGCUUACUUAUGAUUCUCCAGAGAGCGUUCCUUCGCGAUUCCUUCCGCUUAUACAAGUGAGCAUAAACGAGAAAAUGGAAAUGAAAAAAAAAGAGACGCCUUUAUGAAGAAUUAACGAAGAAAAUAUAUCUAUGAUGGAAAAAUAAGAUCCCAUCCAGUGUUUGAUAUAAUAAUUAUUUUAUAUAUUUACAACUCUAUCAAUGUUUAAUGUUUUUUUUUUCUAGGCAGUGCAUUGUCUAAGGAUAACUUAGUUGUAUGUAGAACAAAAUCAAUCAAUAAACAAAUAUAUUAAUAAAUAAAACAUUAAUCGUCUUAGUGUUGCAUACGAUAAAUGAAAAAGGGUGAGAUUAUAACCUAAAGAUGUCUGUGCUUUGUUGUUCAUCCCGUUUAAUCACAAAAAGAAAUACUAAUGUCAUAUGAGUACCUGUUUGUCUGCCUUAAACGUCUCAAUAAAAGUAUAC